UUUCACGUUGAACAAGCUUGAUAGUGUUGAUCAAGAGAGGACGAUGGACUGGAAACCUGCGGUGAUGAUGAUGGCAGUGGUAAUCAUGUACGCGGUGUUGAACGUGAUGACGAAGAUAGCUUUCAACGAAGGGAUGCACACCACCGUCUUCAUCGUCCUCCGCCUGCUCGUUGCCGCGCUCUUCCUCUCCCCGAUCGCAUACUUCAAAGAGAGGAAGAGUAGACCUAAGCUGACCAUCGAGAUCUUCGGUUACCUCUUCUUGAGUGCCUUGCUUGGAGCCUCACUGCUCCAGUGGCUCUUCUUCCUGGGCUUGCGGUACACGACAGCCACGUUUGCGAGCGCCUUCAACAAUACGACCCCCAUGUUCACAUUCCUCCUCGCACUCGCCUUCAAAAUUGAGAAGAUUAAUGUGGCUAACCGUUCCGGCGCUGCCAAGCUCACGGGCACGGCUGUGGGGCUGGCCGGAGCCAUGGUGUUGGCACUCUACCAAGGCCCAACCCUGAUUGGUGCACCAGCAGAACACCUAGCCACCGCUGCCGCCCAUAGGGGUGCAGGGAGGUGGGUGAUGGGCUUGGUAGCGUUGUUGGGCUUCUCAGCAAGCUGGUCAAUGUGGUUCAUCCUGCAGUCCAAGAUUUGGACAAAGUACCCGGCACUGUACUCAAGCACGGCGUGGAUGUUCCUCCUUAGCUUUGUCCAGAUGGCUGUCGUAGGUGCCGCAACUGAGAAGAUGACCUUGGAGGUAUGGGUCCCUGGCACAGUGCUCCAGGUCGUCACCGUACUCUUGGCGGGUGUCGGAGUGUCGGCGCUGGGGUUCCUGGCCAUGACAUGGUGCGUGGAGUGGCGAGGGCCUGUGUUCACCACAGCCUUCAUGCCGCUAAUUCAGAUCAUCACCGCUGGUAUCGACGUCGCCAUCCUCCAUGAGCAGCUCCACCUUGGUAGCAUGGUCGGGUCGGUAAUUGUGGUCGUGGGGCUCUACUCCAUCCUGUGGGGAAAGAGCAACGAGGCAAGCACCAUUGAAGCUGGAGGACCCCUUUAA